AUGGAGUAUGAGGCAAGAGACACAGAAGAGCCAUUUGAAGUAAGUUCUCCAACAUCUUCUCCUUUAAAUGAUUUUUCAUCUGAUAAGCAUGAACACAUUCAAAAUCAAGAUGAACAAUGCAUCAAAGUUAAUUCAAAUCCGAGGCAUCAAGAUGAUAACUCAACUGGUGGAGAUGCUUUUGUUGGUACGGGUUUUAGAACUUGGAAUAGAAGUGAAGCAUUUUCUAAGCAUGUGUGUGGAAUUAAGAGUGCUCACAAUCAAGCAUUGGGAAGAUUAUAUGAUUUCAAGAACCAAAAAUCUUCGGUUGUAUCUGUUUUGUCUAAGCAAUCUGAACAAUCAGCGAGUGCUUAUCGUUUGCGGUUAGAAGCUUCAAUUGAAUGCUUGAAAUGGCAUUUGCUUCAAGGAUUGGCUUUUCGUGGUCAUGAUGAGAGUGAAAGAUCAUUGAAUAAAGGUAAUUUUUUAGAACUUUUGCAUCUACUUUCUGUGCAUAAUUCUGAUUACCAGAAAGUGGUUUUGAAAAAUGCUCCUGGAAAUUGUCAAUUGAUUGGUCCUUCAAUUCAAAAGGAUAUAAUUAAUGCUUGUGCAAAAGAGACAACUAAAGCGAUUAUUGAGGAACUUGACGGUGGUUUCUUUUCGAUUCUUGUUGAUGAGUCUGCAGACAUUGCUAAUAAGGAGCAAAUGGCUCUUUGCUUGCGAUAUGAUGCAAUAGAGUCACUGCUAAUGGAACACUCUUUAAGUCUAUCUAGUGUUCGAGGCCAAGGAUAUGAUGGUGCUAGUAACAUGCGAGGGUCAAUUAAUGGUUUGCAGACUUUAAUUUUGAAAGAAUCUUCAAGUGUUUAUUAUGUCUAUUGUUUUGCUCAUCAACUUCAAUUUACUCUUGCUGCUGUUGCUCAAAAGAAUAGAGAUCUUAGUUGGUUAUUUAAUGAUGUUCUUGUACCUUUGUUGAAUUUUGUUGGAGGUUCACCCAAAAGAAAAGAAAUUCUUCGAGAAAAACAAGCUGAAAUUGUCGUGCAAGCAUUGUCUUUGGGGGAAAUCGAAUCUGGAACAGGUUUAAAUCAAGAGCUUGGAUUAAGUAGGCCUGGAGAUACUCGUUGGGGAUCACAUUUCAAAACAAUUUUAAAUGUGAUUCAUUUAUUUCCUUCGAUUCUUGAAUCACUUGAUGCCAUUGGAGAAGUUUCUGAUAUGAAAGACAAGAAUAAAGCUGAGUCACUUACACACUUAAUGUUGUCGUUUGAUUUCAGUUUCGUAGCACACUUGAUGUUGUCAAUAUUUGGAAUUACAAAUAAACUAAAUUUGGCCUUGCAGGAAAAAGAACAAGACAUUGUAAAUGCAAUGUCCAUGGUUGAUGUAACUAAGAAAAAUCUUCAAGAUUUGAGAGAGAAUGGAUGGGACGAUUUCAUGGAAAAAGUUGCAUCAUUUAUGGUUAAGCAUGAAGUGGAGAUUCUUGAUAUGAAGGGAAAAUAUGUUAUUAUGGGGAGGAGGUGUUAUCGUGGAAAUAAGUCUCCACAAAUGACAAAUCUUCAUCAUUUUCGAGUUGAAGUAUUCUUGAGUGUAAUUGAUCUACAAUUGCAAGAACUUGAAAAUCGAUUCAAUAAGGAUCUAAAUGAACUUUCUAUGAAACUUGUUGAAACAAAGAAGAAUGAAACACAUUCAAGGGUCUACUUGCUAUUGAAAUUAGUAUUGCUUCUUCCUGUAGCAACUGCAACCGUGGAAAGAUCCUUUUCAGCGAUGACUACCAUCAAGAACAAAUUACGGAAUAGCAUGGGAGAUCAAUUAUUGAAUGAUUGUUUAGUUACUUUUCUAGAAAGAGGUGUGUUUACGAAAGUUAGUAUCAAUGAUAUUGUCAAUCGAUACCAAAAUAUGAGAUCUCGUCGUGAACAGUUGUAG